CAACCGUGUAUUAUGUUACAAGGCGCAAAACGACCUGCGGUGAUACCCUCCUAGAUGCAUUCGAUUCGCUCUAACUCGGGGGAGGGGGCUGAAGAUCAGCCAACAACCCCCACGUCGCUUCACACCUUUUCCCAGGGCCUCAGAUUCUCAUCCAACUUUUUAUCGUACGAAAGUUCUCUCGGCCCGCAGUUGCAUUCCGCCCCGAAAGUGCCCCCGGGUUGUUAGUUAGUCCACUCCACUCCACUCCACUCCAGGAGAAUAAUAAUCCCGAUCGCCCCCAAAUCUCCUGCCUGUGAAAUCAGAUCGAUUCCGGGCUACAUGUAUGAGCAUGCCCAACAGGGAGUUCGUAUCAAGCAGUGAGUGAGUCCCAGAAUCAGCUGACUUCGAAACAGCACCUGCCGAGCAUGAAGAUAACCAAUGUGACCAGCCCUGAGACCUGUACGAUGGUACUCGAGAAAAGCAACACCUUGCAGCUUGGCGAGGGUGGCGAAGAAGAGAGCAACGGUGGCUGCCACGGAAUGAAGCUGCUGCAAGCGAACGACGUGCAGUGGAGGCCUCCGAAUCAACAAUUCGAGCACCGUGCAACCCCUACCGCACAGAGCGUGCUUGAAGAGGAGGACGACGAUGGCAGGGGCACACUGAGCCCUGCGUGGGCGGCCCAACCAUGGAGAAUCCCCGCCGCCGUGAGCAAUCUUCUGGUGAAGCUUCGGUCCAAAGACGCCCCCCAUUCAUUGGGCCUGAGAGAGCUUCAAAGUCCUGGAUUCGGCGCCCUCUUCGGAGGCGCAGAUCAGAAGUGGAUGAAUUUGUCGGCGGAAGUGAUUGCCACGAUCAGGAUGAUGCUCGUCGAAGCCAUCGGCGAGUGUCAGACUUUGCGGGCCCUCGAUCUUGGAAACUCGCACAAGCUGCCCCGGUUCCACCUGGCUCUGGGCGAGCUGGAAAAUCUCCUGGAGCGCUUGGAGUCGAGCGAGGUUUUGGUGGAGCUGAUUCUGGACGGGAACGAGAUUUUGGAAACAGAGGACGGGUCCAAGAGCCUGGCCAGAUUUUUGAGGAACAAUUCCAGCCUCGAAACCCUCCACAUCGUCGACAGUGCCUUGAAUCCUCUCAUCGUCGACUCGUUGGUCGCGCACGGCCAUCCGUCGCUCAAGAACUUGCGCCUCUACCUCAACCCGAUCGAAGAUGGAGUCUUCGACACGGUCAGCUCGAUUCUUCGAGCUUGCCCCAAACUCCAGGCGAUGCCGGGCGCCGAAUGGAGAUGCGACGAUGCCGGAGAUGCAGCGAGAUGGGCCGGAGUUCUAUCCGAGCAUGAGUCUUUCAAAGAGGUGGAAAUUGCCGGUCCCGUCGAAGCUCUUGCUGCAUUCCUGCGCCGAGUGUUGGAUUCCAGCUGCCUCCUUUGUUCGAAGAAAAGCCUCAGCAAGUUGAAGAUGAUGGCGCUCGACGAUCUGCACAGGCGCAUGCCCGAGAGAAUCGUCUCGCUGACAGUAGCCGCGAAUAGAAACCUGGAGAAAGUCGAUCUGGUGGGAGUGUCUCUCGGCAGCGGAGAGUGGCAGCAGAUUUUCAGGACUCUCAAACGGAAUGGAGUCGUCAGAAACCUUCAGCUCGAGGACAUGCGAGACGGAUUCGACUCCGAGGCUUGGAGAGAGCUGGGCUCACUGGUGGAAUCCUCUUCGAAGCUCCAAGUGCUCAAGAUUCACGACUCCAGGUCCAACCUCUCCGAUGCUGCAUCCCGUCCCUGCGUGCAACACUUAUUCUCAGCUCUGCAGAUCAACCGGAGCGUGAAGAAGAUCAAGCUCCUCCUGUUCGGCCACGAGAUCGACCACGAGGGGGUGUCGGCUCUGGCGAAAUCCCUCGAGACGAACCACGUCCUGGAACAACUGGCUCUGGAGGGAUGCGUCAUUUCGAACAUGGAGGUCCUAUUCCGCUCGCUGCGUCACAACACCAAACUCGAAAAACUCGGACUCCACAGCUGCAGGGGAUUGAACGACGAAGCUUACCAAGAGCUCCUUGGCGCCCUGCGGAUCAAUCAGUCCAUCCGAGAGAUCGAGCUCAGCUACACCUGGUGGGCGACCCCGGAGAAGAAGGUGGGCAAAUGGGCCAUCGUUUGCGAGGCCAUGCGAGUGAGCGAGCGCAAAGAAUUGUGGGGACCGCAGGCCUUCGAACAAAUGAAUGAAAUUCUGUGAUGAAGUGCUCCUGCUGUUUCUUCUUAUGGAACGGCCCAAAACGAUGACAGUCUCUGGGUCCUUCGGAAGAGGUGAUUCGUCCCAAGGUUGCAGAUUUGCUCAUUGCGCGUGCCAGGAGGGUUGUCGGGAGGGCUUGGUUGGGAUCUGUUUCCCACCUUGAACACUUUCAUGCCCGGACGUGAGUACGCGAGUGAUCGAUCUACUUGUAAGUGUGGAGGUUUAUCGCUGUCAAUGAACUAUUCCUGGGGAGUAGUUCGUCGGACCGGAUUCGUGAGACGAUUCGCUGAAGCAGGGCACCACAACUCACGACGGCGGUCUGUCUGUUGCCCAUAUACCCUCGGGCAUAUACCCUUUUCAGCUGCAGAGUGAGCUCGAGAAGCUUUCCGCAGUAUCUGAUCAGAUCGCGUUGGCUUUCCAGUUCGCUUUCAUGCAAAGAAAUCCAUUUUCUGCGCCAUUAGUGCAGCGAUCCUGCUAAGCGGCGGAGUGAUGGAGGCAUGGAUGGAUGUCUUCGAGAGCAGCUAGUUGCAAUUUGGAGGUGUCCUGUGACACUGAGUUGCAACUAUGGAAGCUAUGAAGAAGAUGAAAAUCAGGCUGAUGGGGAUCAGAUAGAGGAGAUGAUCCCGAAACUGAAAGCGUGUGUACGCCGUAUAUUGCCCUCUUGUCUUGUCGUCCCUUAAGUUUGGGCAGUGCCGAGCUGCUUGCGAGUGGGAACACGCACGACAAGGUGCACCAGUUCUUGCAACUAAUGUAAAUUUUGCCAGUUAGAUAGCUCUGAAGAGAGAUUUAUACAUACAAUUUCAUGUACAGCUUUUCCAAAGAAACGACACGAAAAUCUCUCUGUCUCUCUCCCUCUUGUGGCUCAAGGAGCAUCGAGGUCAUAAAUGUAUUUGCUGAUAGUAUGGCAUCAUGUUAUCGAAGUGGGACUACUCUUCGUUACCUCUUUAUAGAACAGGGUGCUAAUACGCAUGUUCAAAGAGGUCAAUAUAAAACUUGAAGCCCCAUUUCGUCCAGUUUUAG